AUGAGUUCCUUUGGACGUAUUUUUCGCACCACCACAUUUGGAGAGAGCCAUGGCCAGGUGGUAGGCGUCGUUGUAGAUGGAGUCCCUUCUCUCAUUGAACUUGAUAAGUCUGACAUACAAGCCCAACUUGAUCGGCGCCGGCCUGGUCAGUCGGACGUGACAACACCACGGAAUGAGGCAGACCAAGUGUCGAUUUUGUCCGGAGUGCAAAACGGUAUGACUUUGGGUACGCCGAUCGCAUUGGUUGUGUCGAAUCUCGAGGUCAAGCGAGAAGAUUAUCAGAACAUACUUACAGUGCCUCGCCCAUCGCACGCGGAUUACACUUACUGGAUGAAGUAUGGAAUUCAAAGUUAUUCCGGGGGUGGGCGAGCUAGCGCAAGAGAGACAAUAGGCCGUGUUGCCGCUGGUGCCAUAGCUGACAAGUGGCUUCGCAAGACGUUUGGCGUUGAAAUUGUCGCGUGGGUUAGCAGCAUUGGCGACAUAGAGCUGGAAAAGAGCGUUUCUGCGCUUUUGGAUGAGAAGAUUACAAGAGAGGAUGUUGACAAGACCGUUACCCGGUGUCCGGAUGUUGAGGUUAGUAAUAGGAUGGCUGAGUUGGUUUCUAAAAUUAAAGAAGAGGAUGAUUCGAUUGGCGGUGUCAUUACGUGUUUUUGUCGCAACGUUCCUCCUGGGUGGGGCGAGCCGUGCUUUGACAAGCUAGAGGCUAUGCUGGCGUACGCCAUGCUUUCGAUUCCUGCCACCAAGGGGUUCGAAAUUGGGUCUGGGUUUGCGGGUUCGAAAAUGAGGGGAAGUCAUCACAAUGACACAUUUGUGAAAAAAAACAAAAAACUUGGUACGACAACCAACAACAGCGGAGGUAUUCAAGGUGGAAUUUCGAACGGAGAAGACAUCAUUUUCAGAGUAGCGUUCAAGCCAGCGGCGACGAUUAGAAAGCCUCAAAUAACAAGUGACUUCGAUGGUCACACAGUCAUACUGGAAGUUAAGGGGAGGCAUGAUCCUUGCAUCGUACCCAGAGCCGUCCCUAUUGUCGAGAGCAUGGCGGCACUUGUGUUAGCAGAUGCAGCAAUGUUACAGGCGGCCCGAUGUUAUAAAGCGUGAAUAUUGCAACAUCCGCAAAUAGAGGGGUACAUAUAUAUUUUUUGUCGAAUUUUCGAAUAACGAGACAGCGAUUGUAAUAUAGUGGAAUGAGGUGGCUCAUCGAUGAGACUGGGUGAGAGUGAGAGCGUCUUUCCAAUUAGGGUUUUG